AUGAUUGACAAUCACUCAGGUUGCUAUCUUAGUGCAAAUCAAAGCAAAACAGUUUCACUUGUUGACAGUUGUGCAAAUAAGUAUUUGUCUAGCCAUCGUUCCGAUUUCAAGAAAAUUAGCCACCGGCUUUGUCAUAUUAGUGGCACUGCUGGAAAGCGAAGUGGGAACCUAGGUAGACUAAAAGAAAACAAACUAGGAUUAAAAUAUGGCGUACACUUUGAACACUUACCAAAAGCCAUAGAUCGCAUUAUACCGUGGUUAGGUGAAGGAAACUGUCAUGAAAAGGGUUGGCAAAUGAAUUUCACAGAAAGUGGCGGAACGUUGUACAAUACUCGCUCCGGCCGCUCUCUACCCAUAACAAAUUGCCCCCAGAUGCAGUUACCUAUUCUAGGCUGUGACAUGUUUAGCAAAGAAGAAAAUGAAACUGAGGAGGAUAUAGUAUGCACUAGUAUAGAAGAAGCUAGACUUCAUUCACAAGCUUCAAGAUUAGACAUACAUCGUAGACUUGGUCACUUUCACGUUGAUGGCCUUAGUGUAUCUUGUCCAGAAUGUGAUCGAACCAAAGGUCAAAGACGCUCUCAUGCAAAAGUGAGACCCCCUGGACAUAUACCUUCUCCAUUGAAAACACUUGCAAUUGAUUUCGCAGUUGGUAUUAGACCAGUAUCUAUAAGAAGCAAAAGAUGUGCUUUAGUCAUUAUUUGUGAUUCGAUUAAAAUGUGUUUCGUUCGUCCUCUUUGCCUCAAGUCGGACUGCGUAGAGGUGAUUGAAGAAGUAAUAAAAGGCAUUCGCCAGGACUACUCAUUGUCACUCGACGACAAGGUGGUGUGGUUCAUCCGUAGAGAUAACGAACCCGUCCUAAGUAGUGACCAUAUGACCAAAGUCAUGCAAUCGCUACUGGUUUCGGAAAUUCCUGGAGUUCCUUACAACCCAGAAAUGAACGGAACUUGCGAACGUUUCAUGCGGACCAUUUUCGGUGCUGUACGUACCAUGUUGGUCAAAGUCGACCGACGUCUUUGGUGUUACUGCUUACAGUAUGCCGGAGAUUGUUGGAAUCGCUUACCGCAUCGUUAUGCAAAAAUGCCAGAACGUGAUGGAAUGAGUCCUGUCGAGAUACUAGAAAAGAGGAUAGGAAAGAAGUCCUCGAAAAGUGGUCUAGGUAUGUUAAGAAGAUUUGGUUGCUUGGUGUACUUUCGUGAACAGGUCGUAGACACCACCAACAAGAAAGAAGCAAAGCUUGCGUCACCUUAUCGGCGUGGUGUGUUUCUCGGUCUGUGUCCAGUUUCGUCUGGUUGGCUAGUAGGUACAUAUCACAACGAUGGGAGAACGAAAGCUGGCUUCAAGUGGAGUGAGUAUUCCACACUAGACGUAAAAUUUCGAGAGUCGAUAUUAGUCAAGAACAUUGAUUGGCUAUUGCCUACGUCGAAGGGCAUUUAUGUUGAUUAUGACCCGCUGGAAAACCUGCAGUCUGGCACGCCGUCGCUGGGUCCCGUCCUGCACAGACAUGCGCUGCAACGUAUGGCCUGUCAGCCGCGCUUCUCUGGCACGGAGUACAGCUCAGGCGAUCCAACCGGCAUGGAAAUGAUACUAGAUAACAAUGACAUUGGUGAGUUUUUCUGUGAAUCUUUGGACAAAGAGGAAGAUCCAAAGACCGGUGAUGAUUCCAACUCUGACGCGCAACGCGUUGAGGAGGGGAAUAUCUCAUCGGAGCGUGUGUCGCCUGACUCUAAUCCUGAAGCAAGGGAUCCGAGGACCUUACCCAUUCCACCAUCUCAACCAGGCAAAGUUGAGGAGGGGAAGAAAGGCCGAGGAAGACCUAAAGGGAGCAAGGAUAAGAAUCCAGGACAACGCAAAAGAAGAACAAAAGCCGAGCUAGAAGCAUUAAGAAAAGACAUGCAUAAAUUUGCCAUGCUAGCAGGCGGGCAUGAGCUGGAAGAAGGGGAGACCUUUCUCGAAGCACAUGUCAUGCUGUCAGUUUCCCAAGCCUUGAAAAGCCCUGACGCCGAGAAAUGGCGUGCAGCUAUCACCAAGGAGGAAGCUAGACUACUUGCCUUUGAGACUUGGGCGCCAGCUACUGACGAGGAGCUGCGAACCUCUUCUCAGGUAAUGCCUAUAGCAAUCGUUCUCACGGUAAAACGUGAUGGAACUUUCAAAGCUCGUGCUUGUGUGCUCGGGAAUCUUGAUCGUUCGGGGAAUAUCGACACCUACGCCCCUGUAGUGUCACAUGCUGCGAAUAGACUUUUACUCGUUUCAGCAGCGACGGACUCUGACUUCGUCAUCCCAUUCGACCUUGAUUCUGCGUUCCUUAAUGCUGAACUCGAUCGUGACGUCUUCUGCCGUCUUCCACCAGUGUGGGCGGAGAAGCAUGGAGCGGAUAUCGUCAAGCUUAAGAAAGCUCUCUAUGGGCUCAAGGACGCUCCACGAGCCUGGUUCAAGAAGUAUUGCGUGCUAUUGUCCGAACUCGGAUGGGAGCCGUGUCCUUCUGCUCCAGGAUUGUGGCGGAAAAAGAGCAAAACGCACCCAGGAAAGUAUAUGAAGAUGUCAGUCUAUGUUGAUGAUAACUUAGCUACUGGACCUGACUAUCACGAGUUACGGUCUGAGCUCGACCGGAUCUUUAGUCGCGCCCCUGGCCGACCUAUUGAGAUGGCAAAGCGAGUCGAUUCUCUUACGGGUUUCGAAUGGCUAGAGUUCGACUUUCUUGGUGCGAUUGUGCACUAUUGUCGGGAAGCACGUUCAGUGAAAAUCCUGAUGAAUGUGUACAUAGAGAAGACUUUACAGAAGUAUAAAAUAACAUUAGGUAAGCCGGUGUGGUCUCCAAAUUUCGACGAGUCUGCUUUGCUUGAGGAGGGGCUUAAGCUAGCAGCCGGGUUUCCAUUGCGUGAGAUUGUUGGCGCACUGCUUUGGAUAUCGACAACCGCAAGGCCAGAUAUUUGCGUCCCUGUGGCGACAUUGGCUCGGUAUGUCAGUAAGCCCGUUACAGAAAGAAUUGCAAAAGCCUGUAGAAAAGUAUUAAAGUAUCUAGCUACGACAAAAGACCAAGGACUCUAUUAUUCUCCAGAAAGUGAGGAAGAAUUCAACGGAAUUUACAAGAAGCUCCUACCAGAAGGAAGAGAGCUACCGUAUACUAACUGGUUCUCAGAUGCAGGAUUCGCAAACUGCAUAAAGAGCAUGCGCUCGACCAGUGGUUCGAUUAUGUACUAUCGGGGCUUUCCAAUCUGUUGGAAACGCAAUACACAAACCGUGCGUGCAUAUUCAACUGCAGAGUCAGAGUAUAUAGCCGCGUCGGACACUAUUGUCAUGAGCGAGCUGCAUGAUUUUACAGAUUUCUUCAAUCCCUUACCCACUCAAUUAGUGGAAACGCGGUUUGGUAUAUCGCCAUCCCUCGAUGAUGCCAUAUUGUGGAUAGACAACCAGUCUGCAAUCUCGACAGCAAAGAGUGAAGACACGAAGCCUAAGAGUAGACACUAUGCGUUACGUUAUUUACGAGUUAGAGACGCAGCUGAGAAAGUAGUUUUCUGUCCUACUCACCUCAUGAAAGCUGAUGGACUAACGAAACUUUCAUGCUCAUCUACUCAACGCAGAUUAUUAUUACAUCACAUAGAGAAUCCAGUAAUUAGCCGUAACCAUGAUGAAGAUGAUAGUGACUCGGAAACGGAAGAUGAUGAGUCUGGUUCAAGUUCUGCUUCCGUGGCGGUGCUUACCUAUUCUAUCUUCUUAGGGUGUUAGGUCGUUGGUCAAGUGGUGACGUCAGUGGAUAUAGAGAAUCGUGAUGGUUCUGGGUCAGAGCAGGUAACACCAGACCGUUUGUGACUUUCGUCAUUUCCUCACCUAGCGAUUGAGGAGGGGUGUUGGUCAAUGGUCAUUACUGGCUCAAGAUCCAAUGAAUGAACCUGAUUUCAAUGCCAAAUGACUGCUCUCACUCGUCACCUUGAUCAUGAUCAAUGCCGUUCCUUGUCUUGAACUCAUGUUAGUUCCUCGAAUGAUCAUCACUUGAACUCAAUGAGUCCCAACAUGAAUUAGCAGCAAGAUCUCCCAGAUCUUUAACUGCACUAUGACCCUUCAUGAUAUCCCAAUGACAUUGGACCCAUUCUGAUACCAUUUCAGGGCCUUAAACAGUCAGUGAUCAUUCGGCAAGUCCGUUCUGAUCGUCUUUCCGUUACAUUGCAACGAUAAUCAUUCCAUUUACUCUCAAGAGCCUCAUAGUGCGCUUGGACGUGUUCGGGUGUUCCAACAACUAGAGACUCGUGGUAUAAUUAGGAACUUACGUAGUUGUGGGAAAAAAAAUCAAAAUUUUGAAGACCUGUUUGAGGAAAUCCAUCACAAUGAAAAACUCCCACCUCCCUGCUACAUCUCCCGCUACACCUCUAUCUUUAACCAAGCGGCCCGUCAGUGUGUGCGACAACUCCGGUUACAUCCUGUCCUAAGUGGGCACUGGCUUGGAUUAGUCGACAGCCUCGAACAACUAUCAAGACUAGCGCAGCUGGAGAGCCUGAUACCGACAGAAGCCGCAGUAGGAGAGCAGAAAGGUCGUGCUUCUAUCCUUUACGGGAGCAAAAGUGUCGCGCUCCUAUAUCCUAUAUUUUUUCAUUCGGAGUUGUAGUUGAAGAAGAUCGUUGAGGUCUUAUAGAGAGUCUGAGUUCAAAUCAACUUCAAACGCAUUCACUGAAGAUGGUCGCGCUUAAGAUUACCUUCAGACACCAAAACAGGCAGAGUAACCGAAUCUGACGGCACGCUAUGGGAUCAAGCUGCGCAUG